AUUUCCGGUUUGGAGGUUGUGUUGUCAAGAUGUCUGUCCAUGAUCAACUUGCUCAAUGUUUGUGUGAUCUAAUCAGGAAAAUGCCACUGGCACUAUCUGAUGUGUGGAGACAUUUCACUGCAGCUAAUGUAGAAAGAAAAGUGGUGUACAUUUGCAAAUACUGUGCCAAAUCAUAUGUGAAGAAUGCAACAAAGAUGCAGAAUCAUCUGGCCAAGUGCAUAAAGUUCCCUCAGCGCUCUCAACAAGCAACCUCUGACAAAAGUCCCUCUACUUUUAUUCAAGGUGAAAAUGAUGAAUCUGACACCUUAUCGAUAGCAACAGCUCAUGGUCCUCCUGGAAUCAGAUGUUUUUUUUGACUCAAUGGAGGAACAUAGUCAGAGAAACGCAGAUGAAUGUCUUGCUCGAGCUGUGUAUGCAACUGGUUCACCUCUUGAUGCUCACAGGCAAUGUGUAUUGGAAGAGAUUUCUGAAUGUUCUUCGCCCAGCAUACACCCCUCCAACCAGACAUGUUCUAUCUACUGAUUUGCUGGAUGCAGAGUUCAAGUGACGGUCAAUCAAAUCGAAGAGAAAGCAGACUGUAUUGCAAUCAUCUUUGAUGGGUGGUCAAAUGUUCGGCCAUGGAAUAACUAACGACAAUCUCCGUCCCUCAACCGGUAUUCUACAAAGGCACAGACACAAGGGACAGCAGACACACCGGUCUCUAUGUUGCAGAUGAGCUUAAGGCAGUCAUCAAUGACCUUGGACCACAGAAGGUAUUUGCACUGGUGACAGACAAUGCUGCGAACAUGAAGGCUGCUUGGUCUAAAGUGGAGGAGUCCUACCCUCAAAUCACAUCCAUUGGCUGUGCUGCUCAUGCAUUGAAUCUGCUCCUCAAGGACUUCGUGGCACUGAAAACAAUGGGAUACACUCUACAAGAGAGCCAAGGAAAUGGUAAAGUAUGUAAAGGGUCAUCAAGUUAUAGCAGUAAUAUACCUCACCAAGCAAUGUGAGAAGCAUAAGAGCACCACAUUGAAGCUGCCCAGCAACACCCAUUGGGGUGGUGUUGUCAUUAUGUUUGACAGUCUCCUGGAGGGGAAGGAGUCUCUCCAAGAAAUGUCCAUAUCACAGUCUGCCGUUAUGGACAGCCCCAUCAAGAGGAUCCUCCUGGAUUAUGUAUUUUGGGGGAGAGUGGUAAGCAGCCUGAAACUCCUGAAACCUAUAGCAUUAGCCAUUGCAUGGAUUGAGGGAGACAAUGCUAUCCUGUCUGGACUCUGCUUGCAGAUAUAAGAGAAUAAAUCCGUACUGCCCUGCCCACUUCACUGUUUCUCCAAGCAGAGGAAACUGCAGUUCUGAAAUCCAGAAGCGUGAAGACAUCUGCCUGAAGCCCAUACGCCACAGCGUACAUGUUGGACCCCAAGUAUGCUGGCUAGAGCAUCCUGUCUGGUGCAGAGAUCAAUAAGGCCUAUGGUGUCAUCACUACUGUGUCUCGCCACCUUGGCCUGGAUGAGGGCAAGGUUCUUGGCAGUCUGGCGAAGUACACUAUGUACAAUAUGGUAGUCGUGCCAACAUAUCUCAUCAGCCACUUGGUGGAAGGGACUUUGUGGAUCUGAGAUCUUUCCCCUGUUGCCUCCAUCCUCCACCAACAUCAGCUGCCUCAGAGUGCAACUGGUCUUUGUUUGGGAACACCCACCAAAGCACGCAACAGGCUGACCAAUACACGGUUUGAAAAAUUGGUGGCCAUCUGGGCAAAUUUGAGUUGUUUUUUUUUGGAGCCUAACAACGAGCCAUCCUCAACAAGGUUGGAAAGUGACAGGGAAGAGAAGGAGGCCUCAGAGUCUGAUGUUCAAGAGGUGGACAUUGAGGAGGUCCAGGGAGAAGACAAGGAAGCCUGAGAGGAAGAGCUUUCAUUUCUAGACUAUCAUUUUACAGAUGUAUGUUGAAAACAUUUUUGGGCAUUGGGGGUCAUUCAAUAUCCCUUUCUUUUGGUGUUCAGUGAAAUCAUCCCAUGUGAAGAGUCAACUCAUUUAAAGUUCAAUUCGUAGCUAAAUAGUUUUAUUUCUAUUGGGAGGAUUUUAUAAUUUGCUAUUAGGUCUACUUAUAUGGUAAAAUGUUUAUGUUUCUGUCUCCAUAUGAUAUUGUAAAUAUAUCCAAUGCAAAAAAACAUCUACAUUAGAUUCCGUAAAUUCCCAUAUAUUCCCACGGAAAGUUUCCACCUUAAGUGUAGAUUAUCAGUUUAGUAGGGUUCCUGGGCCGUGUUCAGUAGUAACGUUUGGCAAACGUUGUGGAACGUUGCAGGUGGAAAUAGCUCUGAUAUAGCUUUUUCUACAUGUCAGAGCGGUAUGUUUGCUCUAGCUAGCUACAUAUCUGAGCAUUCAGUGGGAAAAUAACACAGAUGGUUGCAGAUAGAAAUGGCAUAAAUACAGCUGAUGUGAUUCCAUAUUCUACAAGUCAGAGAUGUGUGAUUGUUCUAGCUACAUUAUAUAUUUCUAUCUGAACGUUACACAACGUUGUCUUACUGAAUUGGCCUUACCUUUUCCGUAGAGCAGGUCUGUCACCUUAUCUCUUAUAGUUCUCUCAUUACCCCAGGUUGUUGUGGACAUUGCUUCUGCCAUGCGUGUUUCUGUGCAUGCUCCUGACCGCCACCCUGGUCGUGCUUGUCAUGGGUGUGCGCGUGUGGCUGCAGGCAAACAGGAACGCACGGCGAGCGCGUGAUGGGCGUCCCACGGUGGCUUUCUUUCACCCGUACUGCAACGCGGGAGGUGGUGGUGAGAGAGUGCUGUGGUGUGCCCUCAGAGCUUUGCAGAAUAGGUACCAAGAUGUCAACUUCAUGGUGUACACGGGCGACCAGGGUGUGACGAACCAGCAGAUUCUUGAUGGUGCCCGGCGGCGCUUCAACAUCCUUUUACCUCGACCCGUCCAGUUUGUCUUCCUCAAACACCGCCUGUUGGUCGAGGCCAGCCUCUUCCCCCACUUCACUCUGAUUGGUCAAAGUGUAGGCUCAAUCUUCCUUGGUUGGGAAGCCCUUACGGAGUUUGUCCCAGAUGUCUACAUCGACUCCAUGGGUUACGCCUUCACUCUGCCUGUGUUUAAAUACCUAGGGGGUUGUCACGUGGCUAGCUACGUGCACUACCCCACCAUCAGCACAGACAUGCUGUCGGUGGUGCGCGAGAGGAACCCCAGGUUCAACAACGCAGACUACAUCUCCAACAACCUGUUCCUGAGCGCGGUCAAGGUUGUCUACUACUGCCUGCUGGCGCUGCUCUAUGGUCUGGCUGGCUCCUGCAGCGACGUGGUCAUGGUCAACUCCAGCUGGACCUUGAACCACAUCCUGACCCUAUGGCGAGCGACUAACCGCACCUGUCUCGUCUUCCCGCCCUGCGACACCCGCGCCUUCCUCCAGCUCCCGUUGGACGAGGACUCGGACCGGAAGUGCCAUUCCAUCGUUUCCAUUGGUCAGUUUCGACCGGAGAAGGACCAUCGGCUUCAGAUUCGCGCCUUCCGGAAGGUGCUGCAGAAGAAAGAAGCCGGGCUAGUUGCGGGGCCGGGAGGAAGGGAGUCGCUGAGGUUGGUGCUGAUUGGUGGAUGCCGGAACCAAGAGGAUGAGGAUAGGGUGUUGAUGCUGAGAGGUCUGUGCCAGGAGCUGGGCGUGGCGGACAGGGUGGAGUUUAAACUCAAUGUGCCGUUUGAGGAGCUGAAGAGGGAGUUGGGGGAAGCUACGGUGGGACUGCACACCAUGUGGAACGAACACUUCGGGAUAGGGGUGGUGGAGUGCAUGGCGGCUGGGACCGUCGUCCUGGCCCACAAGUCUGGAGGCCCCAGGCUGGACAUUGUGGUGCCCUACGAGGGCCGCCAGACGGGCUUCCUGGCCGAGGAUGAGGACGGCUACGCAGACGCCAUUGAGCGCAUCCUGGCCCUGUCACCCUCGGCCCGCCUGGAGAUCCGACGCAACGCCCGCCUCUCGGUCACCCGCUUCUCCGACCAGGAGUUUGAGGCCUGCUUCCUGGCCGCCAUGGAGCCUCUCAUGGGGACACUGGAGCGAUGAGGGGUGUGGGUGGAAGUGUGUCACGCUCAUGGGUGUGCGCGUGCAUGCAUACGAGCCAUUCUUUUAGUUGACAUAGGAUACAGUGUGUUGAAAUGGACCAGGAAUACGUUGACUUAAAUGAAAGAUGUAUUUAUUGACGUGUCAGUCCAGGCGUCCACUCUCUUUCUAGAGGGUCUUAAAUGUUAAGUAUAUGUUUUGUUUUCAAGACCCAUUACAUUUUUCCAGUGUACUUUGUACUUGAGGCAUAACAUUUUUAGUGCUUGUCUAACCUCCCAAGUUCCCCGUCUCGAUUGUCAACGCAUAAAGAGAGCCAGCUGGUAGACUAGAUUAGUGCUCGUCUAGCAAGGACUGGACACAACUGUGAUUUUGAUGGCAUUCCAGGUUGUCUUUUUUUUCAGGCAAACUACAAAUAUCAGAAGAUUGUUAAGAUAAUUAGGUGGGUGCUUACAUUUGUAUUAUUUCACGUGUGAAUUGGAAAUUGUUUAUAUCCCACCCAGUCAGGGAUCAGCAGUCAUUGACAGCAACCCUGGAGCAAUUGCCUUGAUCACGGGCACGUCGACAUAUUUUUUUUCACCUCGUUGGCUCGGGAUUUGAACCAGUGACCUCUGUUACUGGCCCAACGCUCCUAACCGCUAGACUACAUGUAGUGUUUAAUGUGGUUCUUGGGAUGUGAAACAUAUCUCUAGGCAGUGUGAGAUCUGAUCUCUUGUGUAGUGUGACUACAAAAAAAGACUACCUGGAAUGACAGCAGUGUCUGACUGUCUUCGUGUGUUCGCUGACAUCGUUGAGCGAGAGGGUGGUGACGAGCCUGUAGAGACUAACUUCACAAUUCUGAUGACUGCUGUGAUAAUUAAGAUUGUUACUUAACAUUUUUAAAUAACUAGAAAUGCUGUUCUGUAUCCUAAGUAGGAAGUUUUUUUUUUUUUUAUUAAAACAUUUAUAAAAUA